CCCGUCGGAACGACGGCGGCGCCAAGAACACAACGCUGCCGAUGCAUGGCACUUGUCGGUGUGGGAUGGAGCGCUAGCCCGAGACAAUUUGAACAACUCGACAGCCUCUCCUCGGAGCCAGGAUUUUCGGUGACAGUAGGAGUUACAUGCUUGAAACUGCUUGGAUUUGGUGCCGUCGGUCGUUCCAGCGACAAGACUCGGAUACGAAUGAGCCAGCAGGCUAUCCGAGCUCAAAACGACUACAUCUUCAAUCUCCAAGUGCAGGCGGACAAGUAUGCUCGCCUCAUUAGCAGCGUAAAUGUGCGGAUCCAUGCGAUCGACGACGAGUGGAAGUCUGUGCGUGAAAAGUUGGCCGAGUUGCGGCUGAAACGCAACGAAGGUGACCAGCGCGGCGGUGGCGUGAACGCCGUCAAAUCGAAAAUCAUGAGCGAAAGCCGAGAAGUCGGCAAGUUGGAGAAUCGAUUGGCUGCGUGCAGGACACGCGAGUGCAAACUGGCGGCGACUAACACCGAGCUCAAGAAAAAGAUCGACGGUCUGCGCGCGAGUCGGUUGUUUAGCCAGUCUGUGUUUGAAAAGAAUCAAAAGAAGCUGCGCGACAUCCAACGCCAAAUGCAAGAAACGUUCAAGCAGUCCACGUUGAUCAUGGCGGAAAGGGACAAGGUCGUUGCCCAGGCGCAGAGCUUGUCCAACAUGAACAUGGAAGAGCAAGACGCGUUCGACGAAAUUUACCAAAACUUGGCCAUGAUUAUCACGAGGGAGAAGGAAAACGCGGAGGCGUUCCGGAAAGAAGCGAUGAAAUCCGAGGCGCUGGACGCCCACGAGGACGGAUAUUUUCGAGGCAACUUUCGCAUCGACGAAGAGUCCGAGAUGAAGCAAACUCUACAAAAACUCGACGUGGCGCUUCGCGACGACAAAGCAGCGAUCGAAAGCGUCAGCGAGCGGCUCAAAGUCCACGAGUCUACAUUCAAGAGCAUCAUGAAACUCGUCGGAACCGACGACCACCACAAGCUCGUCGACCUGUACACGAAGAAGGAAGAGGAGAACUUUGCGCUCUUUCGCUACGUUCAAAAUAUCAACAACGAAUGCGAGCAGCUGGAAGAGCAGACGCUGACUUUACAGCAAGAACGGCAAAAGUACUCGGACGAGCUCAAGGAAGGCAGCGCGAACAUGCGAAAGCGCCUCAUUGAAAGCUUGGAAGAGACGCGGCAAAAGUUCGACCGACGGCGUCGACCCAAUGCUCACGUUUGCUGUAGAAUUCUCCGAGAGAAUGCAGAGUAUGAACGGCUCCGGCAGUCGGCUCAGCGCGAAUUUGGCCCGAUUGCCCGCGCCGUGGACAAGUUGUACAAUUCGCUCGGGUGCAAUGAAAUGAUUCCGCCGUCCAGCGGCCCCGUUCCGCCCUCGGCCUCUGGAAAGGCCAACGACGAUCGGAACGCUAUGAUGAUUCGAAUGAGCUCCAUGAAUGACCUCUUGGCAGCCCACGGCAUCACGGAAGGCAAUAUUUUGCAGUUUCUCGCGAUCAUUGAACAGCGGAGCAACGACUUGGUCGAGCAACUCACACGUCGGCUGCAACACAAGAAUCCGCAAAACUUGGCCACGACGUCGUUGGGUGCACACCUCCAGCCGAGCGACCCGAACCGCGCCAACGGCCUGCACCUCAGCUUCAAUUUGAGCCAAGCACCGCCUCUGCUGCACGCAAGUGAAACGAACGGGGAGACGGACAACACGAGCGGCGACGAAGACGACAGCUUGGUGCCCGUAUCGACCGCCGAGUUGCAGCGAAAGGCGGCAAAGUCGUUGGCCCAGCAACUCAACAACGCCAAGGGAUCGCCCACUCGCAACAAAAAGAAAAAGCAAAAAUAAACGAUUCCACGCAACCCAUGUUUGGAUUUGUCUC